UAUGUCAAAUGCCAGCUGUAUUUUGUAAUGUUUGACAGCCGCGGCUCGCACGUAAAAAUUGCGAAUUAAGAUUAAAUUUUUAUCAAAAUAUUUGAAAGGAACGACAGAAAAGCCAGUAGAAUAGAGGGGAAACAAAUACGUAUUACGUACAUUUAAUUGGAACCUAAAACAAAAUGUCGCAAAACGAUGCAUCACCAUCGUCUGAUGAAGAAUCUUUGAAGAGUAUUUAUGAUACCGCUAUGAAAUUGUUUGAUAAAAUUGAAACUGGAAACGAAGCAACCAACAGUGAUGCAGUCCAGAUGACACUAAAAACAGCAAUUUCGAAGUUUGAGAAGGCAACAAAUUUAGUUUCCCUCUCAGGAAUGUUUAGUAGGAAUGAAGCUUUAGAGGAGCUACCCACAGAAACCCUACAGUACCUACUCUUACCUGCGCUACUUGGAACAUUGACUUUGAAGUUGUGUAACCAACCUAGAAAGGAUAUUAUAACUGUAGCCGAGAUAUAUUUUAGAGAUUUUUUACAAAGGUGCAAAGACUAUGGGGUGACUGACGUAGAAGUGCCUCAGCCAAGUGCUAAUGAUGAUAAUACUGUGUCGAGGCCACAAAGUGAACAAGCCAAAAUUGCUACAAUGGUCCUCACAAGGGAAGCUAAAAUUAAGAGGUACAAGGAAAUGAAGGAACUCAAGGAGAAAUUGAGUACUCUGUCGAAAGCCAUGGAGUCUCCAAUUGUAGAUGAGCAGACAAAAAGAGAAUAUUUUACGACAUUAUUGUUGAAUUAUGUGAACCAAGCUGUGGAGGAGAUUAGCAGUAUUGAGCAGGAGAAACCCAUUUUGGAGUAUAUGGCCAAGCAUGCGGGAGAACUGAAGGCAAGCCAACGCGAGCGUGCGCCUGCGCUGAAGCCAGUGAUAAUUACUCGCGACGCGAUACAGAAGGCGGUGUACGGCGCGGGAUAUCCCUCGCUGCCCACACUCACUGUGGAGGAGUUCUAUGAUAAGCGAGUGCGGGAGGGCACUUUCCCCGCUGCUUCAAACAUCCCGCACACGACGAUACAAAGCUCAGAAGCUGAUGCAGAUGAGGCGGAGGAAGUAAGAAAGGAACGACUCGUCGAAGAUGAUGAUCCCGAAGAAUUAGAAAGAAAACGCGCCAUGGACGAAUACAAAGAUGACCAUCGCAGAGGUUGGGGAAACAGAUACAACAGAAGUUAAAUGCACCACAGCCUUCAUAGAAUUGUCGAACCACAGAUGAUAUUGGACAAUAAGAAUUGUCAAAUCAUAGACAAGAUACGAGCUGUCAAACCACAGACUAAAUAUUGCGUUGAUUUUAUUACCUUUUUUGUUGUAAAAUGAAAAUGUAUAUUGAGCGAAAAAUGUAAUUACUAGUCACGCCUUGAAUUCAAUAUACUUUGUCUGUUAUUUUUACGGUGGAUAAUACAAUAAAAUAAAUUAUAUAUAACUGAA